GUACCGUUCUCACGGACCUUUUUGCGGAAAGACAUGUUAUCUUAUCUUCCCUCACAUGUCACACAUAUAAGUCCCGGGAGAGACUGUAUUGUCAGUGCCAAGAUGUUGCCUUUGCUUGGAAUACUCCUGAUUGUGGGUUUGACCUGGGGAGCACACACUAACCCUCACUGUGAUGGCAAGCAGGUCAUGGUCCAUCUGUUUGAGUGGAAAUGGACUGACGUUGCAAAUGAGUGUGAACGAUUCUUAUCUCAGAAGGGCUUUUGUGGAGUUCAGGUAUCCCCAGUAAAUGAGCAUGUGAUGGUGACGAAGGAAUAUGCCCGUCCUUGGUGGGAGAGGUACCAGCCAGUCAGUUACAAACUCACCAGCAGAUCAGGCAAUGAGCAACAGUUCAAGGACAUGGUUCAGAGGUGCAAGAAAGUUGGGGUCAGAAUUUAUGUCGACUCUGUUGUAAACCACAUGGCUGGGCUUGGUCGAACUGGCACUGGAACUGCUGGAAGCAAGUUUAAUUCUGAUGCGUAUGACUUCCCCGGGGUUCCUUACAGACGGGAACAUUUCAACUCUCGCAGUAAAUGUCCCUCAGGUGAUGGCAAUGUCAAUAAUUAUGGAGACCCAAACAACGUCAGGAACUGCAACCUCGUUGGUCUCACCGAUCUAGAUCAAAGUAUAGAGUAUGUGCGAGACAAGAUUGCUGGCUUCUACGAUCAUCUCAUCGACCUAGGCGUUGCUGGCUUCAGAAUCGAUGCUGCUAAACACAUGUGGCCUGCUGACAUUAAGGCUAUUCAGGAACGAAUUAAGGAUCUACCAGAAGGUGGUAAGGCAUUUUUCUUCCAUGAAGUAAUCGACCAGAAUGAUGGUGCAAUCAAGGUGAACGAGUACUACGACUUAGGCUAUGUGACAGAGUUCCGGUACUGUCAAAAGAUAGCUUAUGGAACCCAUGACUUUGGUCAGCUUGGUGGGGUGGUGGAUUAUGGUUGGGGUAUGGCAGAGUCUUCACACGCCUUCGUCUUUGUUGAUAAUCAUGACAAUCAGAGAGGCCAUGGUGGAGGAGGGAACCUCAUCACCCAUAAAACACCCAGAGAUUACAAGAUGGCUCAGGCGUUUACUUUGGCCUACAAUUAUGGUUUUGUCCGAGUGAUGAGCAGUUAUUUCUUCGGAAGUGAUACUGAUGCUGGACCGCCUCACAACGCAGACUUCUCUGCCAAAGAUGUUACUAUUAAUGCAGAUGGCUCAUGCGGUAAUGGCUGGGUUUGUGAGCACAGGUGGGAUCCAAUUGCUAACAUGGUGGCGUUCAGGAAUGUUGUAGCUGGGACAGGCAUCGAACACUGGUAUGAUAGUGGGGACGUCGUCGCCUUUGCCAGAGGUAACAAGGGCUUCUUUGUGAUGGCAAAGCAAGGACAUCUGGACCAAACAUUCCAAACAGGGCUGCCAGCUGGAGAUUACUGUGACUUGGUGCACAACUGUCAACUGAAGAUAACAGUAGAUGGCUCAGGAAAUGCUCAUAUCCUCAUUGACAACAAUGAUGAACCCAUUGCCGCUUUUAUUGUUGGUGGUGCAAAUGGUCCUACACAUGGCAAUGGGGUAACCCAUGGCAGCAACAUCGGUGGGAAUACAGGAACUAGCCCUGGAGUUACUUCAGUCCCUGUCAUCACAGACUCCCCAACUACAGCUGCCCCUUUAGUAACUCCAGACAACAACACAGGGAGUUGGAAGCGAACUAUCAUCUUGGUGCAGAGACGGACCAACCCUGGACAAGAUGUGUUCUUAAGGGGGGGCAUUGAUCAUAGUCAUGUCAACGGUUGCUCCAGUGAUGUUUCCACUAGCCCGUGUGCUAUUCCAAUACGCCACACAAAACUAGGCUCCAGUAUCCACUUUGCUAGUUAUAAUGCCUGGAGCAAGGGAGACAACUAUCUGGAUUGGUUUGGUCGAGAGCCAGGUCAGGGUGCAUACAACGGCAGAGCAGCAGAGGGAACUCCAGUUGUGUGGACAACAAACAAUCCAAACAAAGAAGAAUAUAAUAAAUACAACACAUAUGGCGAACACUACUGGUUGGUGGAUGUAGAUAUGGACUGUUCAAAGACGGUGAACAGCUUCUUUGAGGUAAAGGCUGAGGUGAACGGAGCUUGGGAAGGCAUCAUGUACGGGGACAAAUGUUCAGGUGCUGGUGCCAUAGACCCCCCCUAUCAAUCGCAGAACCACAUGGGCCGUUGUGGGUACGUCAAUGUCUUCCACUGGGACACCAAUACUUGUGAAAUACUCCCUGCAUAAAAGACACAAACUGAAGGAUGAAUAAAAUCCAUUUCCUAGUGUG